UGUCACUUCUUUCUCUUUCUAACUUAUCUACCUUAAUUUAAUUUGGCCAUGACUUCUGCUCUGGACUGCUUUGCAUCGCCACUUUUAUCACAUUAUCAAUCGCACCAUGAUCCACCCAAAUCAAUGAGUAUGGAUCCGAUGGACAGUCUGUCUCGUUUACGAGAACUUGAAAUAAGCUUUUGCAAAGAUUUUAUAUGCUGCGGUCGAUCACUGUUAGAUCUGCAUGAUUUACUACAGCAUUACGAGGAAUAUCACGUCCAUGAUGAGCGGGAUAGUCUACUUUAUGCCCGCCACGGCAGUUCACCACAGUUGUACGAAGAAGGACAUUUAUAUGACAAUGUGCAUCGUACCAUGCACCGCGAAGUGCCACCGGUGGCGACCCAUAUUUCUAAUUUAGAUCUGACGGCUCUAGAGAACCUGCCCUUGUAUCUAGAGACCAUCGAUGAUACGGAAGAGAAUAUUUCGCCACCCGAAAUCAGUUUGAGCUCCUCACGAAGCACUAGUAACAGCAGCAGUCCCAGUUUGAGUAGUAUGGAAGAUGUCAAGGCUGCGCCAGAGGUUGGCAUUGGCUUGCACCUGGUCCAGGCUGCUGGAAUGGCCGAAAAAGGUAAAACGAUCAGUUUCACUCGAUUUAUGGAUGACAUCAUAUAUCCUAUGCAAUUUCUCUUAACGAGGUCAAUUUUAGACAUGGAAACAUCCUCGGGAAGACCUUAUAAAUGUAAAGUACCAGGGUGCGAUAAGACAUACAAAAACGCGAACGGUCUCAAGUAUCACAAAAAUCAUGGACAUUGUCUGGAGAAACUGCAGAAUAAUUUGUCGCGGCCUUAUGUGUGUCACUUUUCGAGCCACUGCUACAAGCGGUACAAAAACUUGAACGGUCUUAAAUAUCACAUCCAACACGCUCACUUGAACCGUUUUCAGAAUCAUGCAGUAAAGUAAACAGUGUCUUUUACGUAAUUACAAUGGCAAUAAAGACGUGUUCCAAAAAAUUGUAUCAGCACUGUGGCGAUAAGUGUCGGUAUCGGAGUUCUAUUUGUAACUCUCUUGUUGGCAUUCAACGUGGAAUUUCCCGCUUUCUCUCUG